AUGAAGAUCGAACUCAGUGGAAUCAAGAAUUGGAUAGAGAUACGAGAUUUGUGCCAUCACGCUUCGUUUAGACGGGUAUCCUCAUCAUUAUUGCAAGGGUUGCUAUUUUGGUCUCUUCAUAAUCUAUCUAUCUAUCUAUCUAUCUAUCUAUCUAUCUAUCUAUCUAUCUAUCUAUCAAUCUAUUUUUUUAUUUCUAUAUUAUCUAUCUAUCUAUCUAUCUAUCUAUCUAUCUAUCUAUCUAUCUAUCUAUCUAUCUCAGUCUUUUCCUACCUAUCUUCUUCUAUCUAUCUAUCUAUCUAUCUAUCUAUCUAUCUAUCUAUCUAUGAACAACCGCAAAAAUGCGUUUUAUCUAUCUUUCUAUUCAUAAAAAAACAUGAAAAACUGCAAAAAUACGUUUUAUCUAUUGGUAUCUAUGAAAAUCCGCAAAAUUUACAUAUUAUCUAUGAAAAAAUCACAAUAAAUACCUUUUAUCUGUUGACAUCAAUCUAUGAAAAAAAAAACGCAUCUUAUCUAUAUAUCUAUCUAUCUAUGAAAACUGCAAAAAAACGUUUUAUCUAUUUCUAUCUAUGUAUCUAUGCCUGUAUCUAUCUACGAAAAACUGAAAAAUUACGUUUUAUCUAUUGGCAUAUCUCUCUCUCUCUCUCUCUCUAUAUAUAUAUAUAUAUAUAUAUAUAUAUAUAUAUAUAUGAAAAAGCGCAAGAAUACGUUUUAUUUAUCUAUCUAUCUAUAUAUGAAAAACUGCAAAAAUACGUUUUAUUUAUCUAUCUAUCUAUGAAAAACUGCAAAAACACUUUUUAUCUAUCUAUCUAUCUAUCUAUCUAUCUAUCUAUCUAUCUAUCUAUCUAUCUAUGA